GUUGGGUGUGCCGGACUGGCUGACUGGCGACUGUCUGUGGCUAAGGGUGGCCCAGCCGAAGAACCGUCCUUUGAGAAACAACAGAUUGUGAAGUUAUGGUCAAGUUAUUUGUUGGCAAUCUGCCUCCUGAGGCCACGCAGUCAGAGCUGAAGUCAUUGUUUGAGCAAUUUGGCCGUGUGACAGAGUGUGAUAUCAUUAAGAAUUAUGGCUUUGUCCAUAUGGAGGACAGAAAGGCAGCAGAUGAAGCUGUGCAUAAUUUAAACCAUUACAAGCUACAUAGCGUUCCUAUCAAUGUGGAACACAGUAGAGGCAAGCCUAAGGCCUCGACUAAGCUACAUGUAAGCAACCUCAGCACCAGUUGCACCAGUGAGGAGCUGCGUGCCAAAUUUGAAGAGUAUGGUGCUGUGCUGGAGUGUGAUAUUGUUAAGGAUUAUGCCUUUGUCCACAUGGAGAGGUCGGCUGAAGCACUGGAUGCCAUAAAGAACCUAGACAACACUGAAUUCAAAGGCAAACGGAUGCAUGUGCAGCUCUCAACAAGCCGUCUGCGAGUCACCCCGGGGAUGGGAGAGAGGACUCGAUGCUAUCGUUGCGGAAAAGAGGGCCACUGGUCCAAAGAGUGCCCCCUAGACCAAAUGACCAAGGAGCUGGAACAGGCGCCGGGCUACCCCCCUGAAUCAUUUCCAGAUCCUUAUGGCCCCAUGCGCAGCGCAGCUGCUGCGUACAGAACGGCCUAUGCUCACCGUGUUUUCUAUGAUGAGCGAGAACGGUUUAGCAUCGUUGACUACUACCAACGCUACCGUGUGCGGCCCUCCUCCUAUGAUGCCUUAAUUGAAAGACGGCUGACUGCUCUUCCUUCUGCAGCCACCACAGUAUCAUACCGGGAACGGAUUGAAUCUUUCCCAUAUGAGAGGCAUUUACUACCCCCUCCACCCGAACUCCCCAGCUCCUAUUACCCGCGUGAGCGUAGCCCUUUACGUCGCUCCUCCUCUGCUUCCUCCAGCAUGGAGAUAUACCGAACCGAGCGCCGACUCUCCCCCAUUAUGCGAAGUCCCUUCGUUGAUGACCCUCGAUGCAGCAGAGAGUCCUACUAUGAGCGGGUGCAAUAUUUGUAAUCUGUGAAGGUAAGAUAUUUUCGGGCUCCGACGCGGUCUGCAGUUCGUUGCGUUUGCAUUAAAUUCUUACCUCGGUUCUUCGAAAUUUGCCAACCCUCAACUAAUGUUUCGCUUUUUAUUUUUUUUUUUAAGGUAGAAUAUGAGCUGUGGGUUUUUUUUUUUAGUUUUUCUUUCCGCAACCCAGUUUUUUAACAUUUAUUUAGCCGGCUGUCUUUCAAUUCUAGAAGGGUAGUAGGUAAAGGCUAAAGUUCAUUUUGACUGAAAACUAAUGGCAGUGCUGUCCAUUUCUCCAUAGAGGGGCGUAAAGUGUCUUUUAACUUUCUUUUUUUUUUUUUAUCGAUAAAAUGAGUUUAACUUAAGCUGCAGUGUACUUUAAAACAUUGCUGAGCCAAAUAUUAGAAUUUUGUGUAGUAAUAUUUAAGUUGACAAAAGGAUUUCACUGCAAUUUACUUAAGUAGACAAUUUACCUCUUUAUUUACUUUGCAGCAGAAAAGUGGUUGUGAUAUUUUCCCCUUAUAUAAUGAUAUAUAAUGAUAACACGCAUCCAAAAAUUGCAGUUGCGUUGUUCCUCUUUGUAUUGUCUAACUUUGUGGAGCAUAUGUUAACGUUGAACAUCUAUUUCCAUGAAUAAAGCAUUGCUCUAAAAAGA